CACACACACGCACACACUCCCUCUCUGUCUGUCUGUCUGUCUUUACACUCCUGAAGGAAACGGUGCGCACGCGUGGGUUCUGUGUUGAAGAUCCAGCGGUUGCACCGUGCUCGUGCUCGUGUCCGUGUCCGUGCACGCGCGUGGGAGAACUCAAGCUGGGGUUUUUUUCUCCAUCCGUCUUGCACGAGGACUUAUCGGUGCGGCGAUGGAACCGGUAAUAACGCGGCAAAUACCAUCACAGUGUUAAUUAAGGAGGAGCGAAAGAAAGAGAAGAAGAAGAGCGAGAAGAAAUGAAGACGCGCAGAGCGGAGGACAGAACCUAGAGCGAGUGGAUCAGCGCGCGCUCACAGAACCUUCACAGCAACCGGGUCGGAGAAUAGAACCUAAUAAAGACUGUGUUAUAUUAGAGAGGCGUUUUUAUUCAGACCCAUCAGUGCACAUGAAGAGGAACAUGGGGUUCUGCUCAGGAUGCUGGAUCUCUGUCAUGUCUGCGCUCCUCGCGCUGCUCCUCAUCCCGCUGGAUGCACAGGCUAAAUCUGUGUCGGGAAACAUGACAGAGACAGCGAGCCCUUCAAACUCAACCUCCUUGCCAGCGGAAAGUGACGAGGUGAAGCUGGAUGAUGAGAUGUCCAAACCGAUCAGCAACAUGUUCCUCAUCCUGCGUUCUGGACGCAAGCCCAGAGGUGGAGAGGAGCUCGGAAGUGGACUUCAGGAAGGUCCAGACCAUUUUCUGACUUCCACUCCGUCUCCUAAAGAGAUGAUAAUAGAGGACUCAAAAAUCAGCCCUGAUUCUCAGGAGAAUGACCAUCUUCUGCCUGCAAAAAAUACUCCUCCUCCAAGUGCGUCCACUGAGAACCUCUUGCAUGGCACUGAGGAUCUAAUGGGGUCUGCGGUGGUUGAUUUGGAUGAGACCUCGAACCUGAACCGACAGGAACCUUCAACUGCAGUGACCCCGUUCCCUUCGCAUUCCCCGUCCAAUACAGCAUACCUCACUGUAGACUAUUACACCAGAUCCCCUGGUAAUGUGCUCGUCCCUCCGGCUCCUACCGAACAUGAGCUUCAGGGUCGCGAACCCACCGCUUGGACGAUGCCCAACAAGUACCCCUACCACCCUCCGUACAGCAAAACUGUCCCUCCGUCCUCGGAAAUAGACACCACCAAACCCGAUGAGUACGACGAUGAGCUGACCUCCACUCCUACACCACCUCCACCCAGGACCUUCCAUCCUCACUUCCCCAAUCCCUUCAUCCCUGCUCGGGGAAAAGAGCCACCCACUAACCGUAAUAAAAAAUUGGGCAAGAGCAGCAGUGCCGAGUGUCAGAUGGGCUCUGUGCUCAUGAACGGGACCUGCAAGUCUCAAUGCGACAUGAUGCCGAAUUAUUGUCUCAAUGGGGGCCAGUGCUUCGUGCUGGAAGGAUCUGGAGUCUUCUGCAGGUGUAACAUUCAGGACUACGUGUGGCACAAAGGCGCUCGCUGUGAGUCCGUCAUCACCGAGUUCCAGGUCAUGUGCAUCGCCAUCGGCACCUCGGUGCUCACCGUCCUGCUGCUCUUCAUGAUCGUCGUCUGCUUCGCCAAGAAACUGCACGUGCUCAAGACCGAGAACAACAAACUGCGCAAGCGCAGCAGCAGUAAGUACCGCCCGUCGUCGGAGCAGCACAAUGAUAAUUUCUCUCUGUCCACCAUCGCUGAGGGCUCCAACCCAAACGUAAGGAAACUGUGCGACUCUCCUCCUCAUGCUCGUGCUUUGGCUUACUAUGAUAACAUUAUCUGUCAGAAAACGAUGAGCAGAUACACCUGGGAGUGUAAGACCAAAGAGGAGCCGAGCUGUGAGGACGAUCCUAACUCCCAGAAUAAGCUGGAGGAUGCGGUGAAGUCUCCUCCACCCAAAGAGGACGAGUCUCUGAACAUCCAGAACUCACUCACUCCAAAACACGAGAACCACAAGGUUCUGGGUGAGGAGAACUCCUCGGAGGUAAACUCGCUGCAGAACAACAUGAUGUAGAGGGGAAGUCAAACGACAAACCACACAGAUUCACCUCCACCUUCGCGACCACAAAGUCUAUAAUCCCACCCCUUCACUCUUACACCCAAUGAGAGUCAACUUCUAGGUCCCGCCCCCUUUUCUCAGUCUGUUUGCCCACUUUUGCCUCUCCCUUCCCCCCACACACACAAACACACACACACACACACACACACACACACACACACACUUAUUACACACACUCAUACACACACACACUCACACACACACACACACACACACACACACACACACACACACACACACACACCAGUGAUAGGCAAUAUGAUUCAAUUGAAUGAUUAGAUUUUUUUGAACUACCUGUUUAAAUGAAUCAAACUCUUGAUUCACAUGAUUCAUGACUCAUAGUAGCUACAUUAACCUUCACUCACGGCUUCACAUGAAUCAACUGUCUAUAUUCCAUUUAAUUGGACUUUAAUUGAUGAUAAUGCAGUAAAUUGAAUUUUUAAAGACCUUUCAACAACAGCGGUUGUUGCAGAAUGAUUCAAUUAUAUGAGUGCAUUGAAAGUACAGUGUUUGUGUGUGUGUGUGUGUGUGUGUGUGUGUGUGUUUGUGUGUGUGUGUGUGUUUGUGUGUGUGUGUGUGUGUGUGUGUGUGUGUGUGUGUCUGUGUUCGUGUUCAAUGAAGCAUCAGGACAUCGAUCCUGCACAUCAUAAUGCGUGACAAACAAAAAAGAGGACAAAAUAAAUAAAUAAAAAAGACAGUUUCUUCAUUCAUACACACAUUUAAUCUUGAAGAAGAAUCAUAAGAAUCGAGUUUGAUUCAUGAACUACCCAUGAUUCACUGCCUCUGAUUUGUAAAUGAGAAACUGAGGACUGUUAGUUGAGCUGUGAGAGAAAUAAAACAAAUAAUUUUAUAAAUCAUCUAGGACAUGUUUGAGAGAAACACAGCUCAAGCAGCAUGCUAGUUCUACUCUCUGGUGCUUGCGAAUUGAUUCAUCUGAUUCAGUUAAAAGAGUCGUUCAACAAGAAUGAAUCAUUCGCGAAUUGAUGAGGAGAUUUGUGCAUGGUUGUGAAUCGAUUCAACUGAUUCACCCGAUUUACUUUACAGAGUGCUUCAAAAAGAUUGAAUCAUUCAUAAAUCGCCGGUCACUUCACACACACACACACACACACACCCUGAUUUCUGGCAUGCGUCGGUGUAUUUUGUAUAAAAGAAUAAAUAAGAUUAACCCGUGUAUGAGGUUUAAAGUGUAAAGUGUUGUGCUAGAGAGUGUUCACUCAGAGACUCGGUGUUCAGUGUCUGACUAAUUCAGUGUGUGUGUUUAAAUAUCAGAUCUAUAUCAGAUCAGUACUGCUCGGAUUGAUGUAAAGAUCAAAGCGCAGUGUGUGUCUCUGUUUCUUUGAUGUGAUUUCUAAUCCUUUGAUGUACUUGUUUUUAUUUUGUACUUUUUUGGGAAAAGAAAAAAAAACCACACACUUGUUGAAAUAAAAUCUUUUUAACAUGAA